GCACCGCACACAUAAUCCCUUACCUAAGCCCACGUGACUACUAGCGUGACACUCUAACCACGACCCAAAGCGGCAGGAAGCCUGUGCCUGAAAGCCCUCUCGCGUCCUCCUCUCCGACCUCCCCAUCUCAUCAACUUCCCCGUCCACACCUCGUCCACACCCUCGUCUCGCCACGGCGCCGAUCAAUGCCGUCAAAUCCAACAAAACUGGCUUCUUUGUUUGCGCAGGCUCAGGCUCAGAUACAGCUGCCCUCCAGCUCGGCCUCCUCCUCCGCCGCGUCGUCGCCCAACAACAUGACUGCCGACCCUGCCGCGCCCUCGCUCGGCCUGCUCUCCUACUCCUCCGCCUCAGCCGUCUCAAAGGCGUCCGCGAACCUCUCCCCGCAGGAGCUCAAGCGUCGCCACGCGCAGUUCGGGCCGCUUGUGCAUCCCUCCCAUCUGCACGUCUCGCAGCAGGCAAAGGGCGUGCUCCCUGACUUUAUCGAGGAGGAGCCGCCUCUUUUCUACCUCCUCACCACCUACAUCUCCUACCUCAUCCUCAUCAUCUUUGGUCACGUCCGCGACUUUUUCGGCAAGCGCUUCAAGAAGGAAAAAUAUCAGCACCUCAUCGAGCGAAACGGAUAUGCUCCUCUAACCUCAGACUUUGACUCGUUCUACGUCCGCCGCCUCAAAGAGCGCUUCGACGACUGCUUCUCGCGACCGACAAUCGACGUCCCCGGACGCUACCUCACCCUGCUCGACCGCACCUCGAGCGACUACAACUCGACCUUCAAGUUGACCGGCACCACAACCGAAGCUCUCAACCUCUCGUCCUACAACUACCUCGGCUUUGCGCAGUCUGAGGGCCAGUGUGUCGACGCGUUCGAGGAGGCUAUCCACCGCUAUGGCACGUCGACCGCGAGCCCGCGCGCAGAGGCCGGCACGACCGACCUGCACGUCGAGACUGAGGAACUCGUGGCCCGGUUCAUUGGCAAAGAGGCCUCUAUGAUUUUCUCGAUGGGAUACGCUACUAACGGUGCCGCGCUGCCGUCGCUGGUGUCCAAGGGCUGCCUCAUCAUCUCCGACGAGCUCAAUCAUGCCUCUAUCCGCUACGGCGCGCGACUCUCGGGCGCCGUCAUCAAGACUAUGAAGCACAACGACAUGGAAGAUCUCGAGAGCCUGCUGCGCGAGCAGAUCAGCCAGGGCCAGCCGCGCACGCACCGUCCGUGGAAGAAGAUCCUGAUUGUGGUCGAGGGCCUGUACUCGAUGGAAGGCACGAUGCUGAACCUGCCGCGACUGGUCGAGCUCAAGAAGAAAUACAAGUUUUACAUUUUCGCCGACGAGGCGCACUCUGUUGGCGCGAUCGGCCCGCACGGCCGCGGAAUCUGCGACUUUUACGGCAUCUCGCCGGACGAGGUCGAUAUCCUGAUGGGCACGUUCACAAAGUCGUUUGGCGCCGCGGGAGGAUACAUUGCGGCCGAUAAGGCGAUCAUCGACCGGCUCAAGCUCGACAACAUGGCGUACGUCUACGCCGAGACGAUGUCGCCGCCGUUGCUGGGACAGAUCGAGGGCGCGCUGCGAACGAUCAUUGGCGAGAUUGUGCCUGGCGAGGGCGAGGAGCGGUUGCAGCGCAUCGCGUUCAACUCGCGGUACUUGCGCCUGGGAUUGAAGCGCUUGGGAUUCAUUGUGUACGGCCACGACGACAGUCCGAUCAUCCCGCUUAUGAUUUACUCGCCGGCCAAGAUGCCAGCGUUUUCGCACGAGAUGCUGAAGCGGAAGAUUGCGAUUGUGGUGGUCGGGUACCCUGCCACGCCGCUGGUGAAGUCGCGGGCGCGGUUCUGCAUGUCGUCGUCGCUGAACAAGGACGACUUGGACCGGAUCCUGCGGGCGUGCGACGAGAUUGGAGAUAUGCUGAUGCUCAAGUUCCGGCCGAGCGAGCACCCGCGCUGGAAGUUCGAGGACGUGAUUCGGAAGGGAGUGAUGGAUUGUAAGAGAGAUAUGCUGGACGAGUAGGGAGACGUUAUCUAUGCCACAUUACAUUAUUACACUAUACAAUUACAAACAACUACAAUAGCAAUCAUCAGACGACUAGUCCACAGACAAAGAUGAGUCGGGUGCGGUGGGGCGCAGAUAAGA